AUGAAAAACAAUACAAGAAAAGCCAAAUCGGCUGCAUCAGUUAUAACUACUACUGCACAACAACAACACCUAUAUAUUAAUAAUUGGCAAUCACAUUCUGAUAAUAGUAUAAAUAAUGAGAUGGAGAGUGGAACAUUACCGCCACCAACAAUGUUAUUACAUUCAAAUGAAUCAAUUCACCAAAUAUCAUCAUCUGAUUCACCAAUGAAUCCAUAUUCUGAUAUAUUUUCUUCAAGACAAUCAAUACAAAUAAAUAAUAAAACAAAUAAACGAAAACUUGAUGAACUUGUUGAUCCAUCAUCAACUGAUUUUGAUCCAUCAUCUUUAAAACCACAAAAAAUUGAGCAAGUCGAUUCAGAACGAUCACUUAGUAGAACAGGAACUCCUUUAUCAAAUGGUCCUCUACCGCCACAAUCCUCUUCAACUCCGUCUCGGAAUGGCAAUGAUAACAGCUCAUCAUUUGAUUUCGGCCCACCAAGUAAUAAUAAUAAUAAUAAUACCGGUAGUACUACACCAAAUCCGUCAUUACUUACACAACGAACACCACCACCACCAUCUUUACAACAACAACAACAGCAAAUUCUACAUGCACCACCACCGUCAUCUUACAUGCCAAUGUCACCACGCAAUCAAUAUACAAUUACCAGUGAUAGUCCAUUUUUACAGACAAAUAAUCAAGUCUUUGUAUUUACAACACAAUUGGCUAAUGAAGCAGCUGAAGCUGUAUUAAAAAAUGAAUGUCCUAAUAUAAUUGAAUAUCAUAAAUCAUUACCUUCAACUGGUCAAUAUUUAGCUUCUCUUUCAAAUAAUAUGAACAAUAGUCAUAAUUCAUUACUUGGUGGUCCAAUGCAUAUGAAUCAUGGUCCACCACCACCACCCGGCUGUCAUUCGCCUCGUACUAUGCAAAUGAUGAUGGGCGGGCUAAUACCUCAUAAUCCACAUUUACUACAUCAUAAUGGUAAUGGUGGUCCACCACCGAAUUGGUCACAUCCACAUUUUCAUCCACAUCAACAACAACCACCAUUUGGUCGUUUAACACCCGGUCCUGGUGGUUUACCACCACCAAGUCAUCUAUUACCACCUGGUGCACUUAUUAUGAAUGGUCAACCACCAUCAGAUGGUAUUGAAAAUUUAACACCUGAACGUGCAAAACAUCGAAAAAAUCAAUUAAAUAAAAUAGAAGAUUUAAAAACAAAGAUUACAGGUGGACGAAGUCGUGGUGGUAGAGCGAAAGCAAACGCUGCAGCAAAUGCGGCUGCAACAGCUGUUGGCAAUAUUCCAUCACCGGUUAACGGUGGUCCAUUACCACCAGGUUCACUUGAUCCACAUCAACAGCAAAUGAUGAUGAUGAACAGUCCACAUGGUGUUGGUCCACCACAUCAUAUGAUGGGAAUUGGACCACCACCACCUCAUAUGUUACAUCCAGGUAUGCGAGCACCCGAUGGAAUGAUGCUUGAUAUGAAUGGUCCACCCCCACCACAUGGUUAUAUGAAUGGACCAAUGCCACCUAAUUUUCAUGGACAAUAUGGACCAGGACCAGGCGAUCCGUAUGGACAAAUACCUCCACCCCUUCAACAAUCACAAGCUGUACGAGAGUGGAAUAAAAUGCAAAUGGAACAUAAUGAAGGAAAAGUGCAAAUGCGUGGACAACCACCACCAUAUUCUUCUGCAUCACCAUCCUCAUUAACACCUCCUAUUGCAACAACAUCAACAGGAAGUGGUAUGGGACCUAAUGGUAAAUUGCUUUCACCAAAAAUGGAACCAUCAACAACACCACGUCUGUAUAAAGUUGGACAACCUGAAAAAUUUAUUCCUGAUUCAUUGCCAUCAUCAGCGAAUAAAAAAAUAACUGGUAAUAUUGGUGAAGUACAACUAACAGCAUCACCAACCCAAAUGGAUUAUAAUGAAUUAGGUAUGGAAGGUGAAGAAUUAGUUAUUACUAGACAUUUAAAUCGAGCUUAUCGACCCACAAAUGGAAUUAAUAAUGGUCCUCCAUUACCAUCAUCAUCGUCAUCAUCAUCAUGUAAGGAUGAACCAAUGACACCGUUAACGCGUUCAAAUUCAACACCAAAUACAAAUUCAUUAUCAUCUGCACAACAGCCAGUUGGUUCAACAACACCUACACAUCUUUCACAGCAAGGACCAUCAUCACAUCUUACACCACAAAAUGUAUCAGCUGCAUCACCACGUCCAGCUAAAUUAACUUCAAAUAGUAGUUUAUCAUCACCAUUAAUGCUUUCAAAUAAUAAUUCAUCAACUAAAGAUGAACCAUUAGAUAUGAAUAGUGGUCCAAAAACACCAACAUCAAAUAUGGCACCACCAUUAAGUAGUAUGUUACAAAUGACAAAUAGUUUACAAUCAGCUAAUUCACCAUAUAAUUCAUCAAAUAAUACUGGUUCAAAAUCAUCAUUAUCAUCGAAUAUAACUGGUAAUGGACCAUCAUUAACUAAUCCAAAUAUGCCACAUAUGUCGAAAUCAAUGGAUCACUUACCAUCACCAUCUCAUAUGUCUUUACCACCACAACAUCAACAACAUAUGCAAUUUCAAAAUAUGAAUCCACAUCAUCGAAUGUUAGCUCCACCAGAAUCAAUGCCACCACAUUAUAAUCCACAUCAUGGUGGAAAUUUACCGCCCCAACCAUCACAUCCACAUAUGUAUAAAAUGAUGUCUCCACAUCAUACACUCGAUCCAUCGGGAAUGAUGCUUUCACAUCCUGGUGGUCCACCACGUUCAUCAAAAGGCUUACCACCAUCAUCUGAUCCAAUGCAACAACAUCAUCAUUUACCACCACCACAUUAUAUGAAAAUGCAUAAUAUGGAUCCACUAUUAGGCCCACCACCUGGUCAUCACCAACAACAUAUGCGUUUUUUACCUAUGAUGGAUGAUGGUUUUUGUAUGGGACCACCACCACCAUCACAUCAUCCGCAUCAUCCACAUAUGCAUCCACAUAUGCAUCCACAUCCACAAAUGCAUCAUCAUCCAAUGCAUCCAAAUGAUGGUCGACCGCCACCACCACCACCACAAUCCAUCAAUAAUACAUAUGUAUCAACAACAAUGUCUAUACAGCAAUUAAAUAUUCAAAAUUUAGGUCCUGGUGGACCACCGCCUGAACUUCAGCCAGGCACAAUUCAUUAUCAUGCAUCAUCAGCUAAUGGUUCUGAUUCACAACAACAACAACAACAACAACAGGGUCUAUCAGGAUCAAAUGGUAAUAGUACAAUGUUUUCUUCUCAACAGCAAUUUGCAGCAAUGAAUACAAUGUCAACAAAUGAUCCAACAUUUUCAUCACAAUUUAAUGAUCUUCAAUUACCACCAUCAAAUCUUAAUGUAGACGGUGUACAACCACCUCCUUAUUGGUGUUCUUAA